AUGAUUAGAGAAAGGUAUGAGAUAUCUAUAUGGCUCUCAGUCUCUCAGUCCUAUUCUAUUUCCAAGUUGCAAAACGAUUUAGCCUUUCAGUUAGAUGAAAGUUUAAAUAAACAGAUCAAGGAUAGUGGAGUAAGUGAGCAGCUAGCAGCACAGUUGAUUUAUGAAAAGUUGCAAGGGAAAAGAUGGCUUGUGGUGUUAGAUGUUGUGUGGAGGGCUAGCAGAGAAGAUGAUUUGUUAGCCAGACUUGGCCUCCCAAGUGGAAACAAUAACCCAUGCAAAAUUGGUGUUACCACAAGAAGUAGGGAGGUUUGCACAAAUUUAAAUGCUGAAAUUUAUUUGAUGCAACAUUUCUCCGAUGAAGAUAGCUGGAGGCUGUUUUGUUUUUAUGCAUUUGGGGGAUCUGAGUCACAGCAGCAUCUGGAAGAGGUGGGUCGUAAGAUUGUAAAGCAAUGUGGAAAUUUACCACUUGCUAUCAAAACAGUAGCCGCAUCUCUGGCAAGGACCAGAUUGCCAAGGGAGUGGGAGUCGAAGCUUCAUGAGCUUGAAGGAGUUGUUGCUACCGAUGUUGAUCGGAUCAUGCCUAUUCUUAGGUUGAGUUAUGACUCAUUGUCUGCACGUCGUAAAGCGUGCUUUGCUUAUCUUUCUUUCUUUCCAGAGGACGAGGAGAUAGAUUGUGAGUAUCUGAUAAAUUUGUGGAUAGGGGAAGGUCUUAUUCCAGCAGGGGAGGGCCAGUGGGAUGCGGCAUGGGACUGUUUAUAUCAACUUGACAAUCUAUGUCUGCUUCAAUUAUGGGAACAAGUGGGAUAUCAACAAUUGCUCGAAGAAAGACUAACCAAAUAUUGUAGAAUUCACGAUCUUUUGCUUGAUUUGGCCAUACAGGUAUCCAGAGAAAGUAAAUGUGUGUUUUCUCUUGAGGAAGCCUCCAAAGAUGCAAGCGGUGACUGUUGUCGUAUUAUACUGGCCAAGAAAAAUAUAAAUUACGACGACAUUUCAAAGAGUCAUCCUGUUUGUCUCCGCAUAUUCUCACUGUCUCAGAAUCAGAGGAUUAAAGGCAUUCCGACAAAUUUGUUUACCGCCAUGAGAGGACUGCGCGUUCUCGAUUUGAGUGGGACAUGCAUCUCCACAUUGCCUGAGAGCAUUGGAAAGAUGAAACUCCUCAAAGUAUUGAAUUUAAGAGAUACAUAUAUUGAGGAGGUACCAAACUGUGUGACACAUCUAAAAAGUCUCUUGUUUUUAUAUCUACCUGCGACAUGUGAGAAGUUACCAGUAUGGAUAAAUGAAGUUAAAUGUCUUCAUUUAGAGUGCGAGCGGGUGAGGCGAAUGCCAAAGGGAUUGUCAAUGCUGGUCUAUUUGAGAACACUGCGAUCAGAAAAGUUGGAUCUAUCCGUUGAAGAGGACGAAUUCAUGAGGUUACAGGAUUUUGCCAAUAUGACUCUACUUCAGGAACUAAGGUUAAAUGUUAAGCAUGAAAUGGAGUGGAAAGGGAUGGAAGAAGGGAUCCUUGUGCAGCUGGUGAAGAUGCGUCGUCUAGCAAUUCACAACUGGACAUGGACAUCAAAUGCAUAG